UUGGAAUCUGUUUUCCCGGCCUGCCUCUGUGUUGAUGGUGACGUCACAGCCACAGCAGGACGGUGCCGCCAUACUGGUGUUAUUGUGGACUGUAUCGUUAUAUCCCAUGCCAUCCGCGCCGUUUCUAGAUGUUGAACGCUAAAUACAUGACAUCGUACCACCUUAACUAUCCAAACAGUGAUUAUCAGGGACGAGACUGUUGGGAUGGCCGGCAAUGGAGACAUCCAAUGGUGCUUCUCUCAAGUCAAAGGCACGCUCGACGAUGACGUUAGUGAAGCUGACAUCAUCUCAUGUGUGGAGUUCAACCACGAUGGGGACCUGCUGGCCACGGGGGACAAGGGCGGCCGGGUGGUCAUCUUCCAGCGGGACCCCUCAUCGAAAAACUGCCACCCUCGCCGGGGGGAGUACAAUGUGUACAGCACCUUCCAGAGCCAUGAGCCGGAGUUUGACUACCUUAAGUCUUUAGAAAUUGAAGAAAAAAUCAAUAAAAUAAGAUGGCUCAAGAGGAAAAACCCUGCACACUUCUUACUCUCUACUAAUGAUAAAACCAUAAAGCUAUGGAAAGUGUCAGAACGAGACAAACGAGCAGAAGGCUACAACCUGCGUGAUGAGUCCGGCCAGAUCAGGGACCCAACUUCACUUACUGCUUUACGGGUACCUGUAUUAAAACCAAUGGAAUUGAUGGUUGAAGCCUCCCCUAGGAGAAUUUUUGCCAAUGCACACACGUAUCACAUCAACUCUAUCUCAAUCAACUCAGACCAGGAGACUUACUUGUCUGCUGAUGACCUUCGUAUUAACCUGUGGCACAUGGAGGUCACUGAUCAGUCCUUUAACAUUGUAGACAUCAAGCCCACUAACAUGGAGGAGCUGACUGAGGUGAUCACAGCAGCAGAAUUUCAUCCCCACGACUGCAACGUGUUUGUGUACUCUAGCAGUAAAGGAACCAUUAGGCUUUGUGACAUGCGACAAGCAGCCCUCUGUGAUAGUCAUUCUAAGUUGUUUGAGGAGCCCGAGGAUCCCACCAAUCGGAGUUUCUUCAGUGAAAUCAUCUCCUCCAUAAGUGAUGUCAAGUUUUCAAACAGCGGUCGCUACAUGAUAUCCAGAGACUAUCUCUCCGUUAAAGUGUGGGACUUGCACAUGGAAACUAAACCAAUUGAGACUUACCCGGUGCAUGAAUACCUGCGCCCCAAACUGUGCUCAUUGUAUGAGAAUGAUUGUAUUUUUGACAAGUUUGAAUGCUGCUGGAGUGGCAAUGACUCUGCAAUUAUGACUGGCUCAUACAACAACUUCUUCCGAAUGUUUGAUAGGACUUCAAAACGUGAUGUUACAUUAGAAGCUUCAAGGGAAACUGCCAAGCCCAGAUAUUUACUUAAACCUAGAAAGGUCUGCACAGCUGGUAAAAGAAAGAAAGAUGAAAUCAGUGUAGACUGCCUUGAUUUCAACAAGAAGAUCCUUCACACAGCCUGGCACCCACAUGAAAAUAUUAUAGCUGUUGCUGCCACUAACAAUCUUUACAUAUUCCAAGAUAAAUUUUAGCAGUCCUCCUUUGACGACUAGAGCUUAGGCCCUGCCAUAGAUGGAUGUUUGGGCAGUGAUGCCGGGUGUGUGGAGGGAAGGUCCUUAGUGGCCAGUGUUCCUUCUGUAUGACCUCACCCAAGUGUUGACAUCCACUGCUGGAAGCCAUCAACUCAUGCUGGCCACUCUUGGCAUCCUUUUAUCAAGGUGUGGCUCUUGUCUUGGGUUGCUUCCAAGACAAUGGUGGUCCCAAAUGUGCGAACGAGUGACAACCAAAAGCCAAGGGCAGUAGUGCUGGAGUCCCCCAAUGAAAUGUCCAGUGGCUGAGGCUUGGAUUACUUGUGAUUCUUGAAAAUCCAUGUGGGUGUCCCACCCUUGUGAUCAUUUAUCUGUGUUUCACCCUCAGAUCAUCUGUUGAGAAGUGCAAACAUUAGUUGCCUUCUCAAGGCUAUUAAAAAGAUAUAUGAGUUAUGGCUGACUAGGUGAAUCCAGUUAUGAAUGAUUAGGAGUUUGCCAUGUUAUUAUCAAUAGAUUAGUGGCUUGAAAUAAAAAAUAUUGACUGCAGAGCCCAAAUUACUUUCUCUGAUGCCUGGCUUUCAGACAAAUCAUUGUGUCUUUUUGCCAAAUUGAGCUGUGACAGGUGACUUGAAUUACAUAAGGGAAUAAGGUAUAUGACAUAGCUACUCCUGGGAUAGAAUGGUUGAUUUUAUACAUGUGGGAAGAACAUGGUUGCAAAUCGUAUCCUAACAUGUCCAGAGGAUUAGUGUUGUCAUACCCCCGUGCGCCCAUCUACUGAGUAGUAUAUCUCACAGGAUUAAGUUAAUGUGCUCAUAGCUUCCACAAAAUCACUCCCAGCUGUCAGGAAAUGCAGCAUUAUUAUUAUUAUUAUUAUUAUUAUUAUUAUUAUUAUUAUCAUCAUCAUUAUCAUUAUUAUUGUUGUUUUUAUUUUUAUUUUUGAGCUUUAGAUGGUGCAUUUUGUUAAGAUCUUGAAGUCUCAUUUCAAAAGUGAGAAAUACUACAGCUGGAUGUUCUCCACAGUGGGCUCCUCUCCAUGAAGGGAAGUGUAAGUGCAGCUGCACACACUCCUCUCCCCUGCUUUCUCUCAUCUUUUUAAGAUGCUGCAAAAUUUGUCUUAAAAGAUGAUUAUUUCUAAUAUUUACUGUCAACUGCUGUAUACUUUUUUUUUUUAUUAGUUCCAUGGAAUAAAUUAUAUUUCAGUAGGCAAGAUGUGUUUUUAUGCAAUCAGUACUCAGCCAUGUCCAUUGUAAUCAAAACAAUUUUUUUCAUGGUUAUGAGAUAAUUUUGUAAUGCUAUCUGUACAUUUAUACUCAAUUAAUCUGUGGUCAUGAUGAAGUAUUUUAAUGAAAAUUUUGAGUAACAGUUAACUCUUUUACUGAUUUUUUUUUUUUUUAUUUAUUAUUUUUUUUAUUUAUUUAUUUUUAUUAUUAUUAUUUUUUUUUUUUGUGUGUGUGUGUGUGAAAUACAGUAACAACCUAAAGAAAUAGGAAAUCUUGAUUGGAAAGGCUGGACCGUAACUCAACCCCCAUUAUGUAUUAUGCUCUCUUAACAUGUCAAAGUAAAAUCCAUUGUAAUGAAACAUCCAAGUACUGUUGUGACAGUUUUGUCAUGAUGUGCUGUGCUGGGACUUUGGGACCCCAUCAGUAGCAGAAUAUUAAAACUUGUUUAUAUACUGCUUUCCUCCAUAAGACCUGAUACAUACAACAUUUCAUUAUUGAAGAUAUAGGUUGAUUUAUCACUUGAAAUUAUGUACAGGAUGUUAUGCUGGUGGGCAGAAAUGUACUUUUAUUUAUUUUGUUAAAAAUAAAACAGGUAGAACAGAGUUAA